AUAAAUAAAGGCUGUGUUUUCCCUGUGGCCCAAUACCGCCCGUGAUGUUUAAGCAUAGGGAGAAUACUGAGGCUCAGACUGGGAUGGCUGUGGGAUGGCGAGGAUGCAGGCUGCAUCUCCUGCUUUGUGGGGCCACCUGGAGCAGCCUCAGUCUUGGCACCCCUCUCACCAGGAGGGGAGAGCUUGCUUGGCACAAAGCACCCGGCCUAGACAGAUGUGUUCAGUCCCUAACUGAGGGCACAGCUGACAGAUGAAAGGGAGCCUGAAGAAUUCAGUAAUGAUGACAGAGCUGGGAGGACAGUUACCAUCCACUGGCCCUGUCCCCUCACACCUUUAAGCCCCAGUCUCUUGCAGAUCCUGACCUGGCAUCUCUGUACCCUCCAAUCCCCCAAGUUGGGCCUGAGCAUGGGUGCUACCUUACAGAAUUUGAAUAAUUCAGGUCCCAGUGACCUGAGGUGUCAGUUUCAGUUGCUCUGUUCCCAUGGACACAGGUGUCCCAACUCUGUAAUUAAGCUAAUGAAAGGGAAAGGGGGCACGGCCUUCUGUCCUGUGCCUCAGAAGGCUCAGGGCUGAUGGAGUCCCUGUCCCUGUCUUGCUGAGAAUGCGCCAGGCUCCCCCAGAGUCAGGUGUGGGGAAGGGCUUGAGGAAGUCAAGGGGGCUGAAAUAGAGGCAGGAGAAAGGAAGAGAGAGAGGAAGACCAGAGUCAGGGAGGCAGAGACCAAGAAAGAGUUACAGAGGGACGGCUAGAAGGAAAUCGAGACAGAGAGGCUGAGUGAGAGGUAAAGGGGGUGGGGGGCGAAGAACAGGGCAGAGGCAGAGGCCAGAAGAGAAGGAGAAACAGUAGAUGCCAAGGCCCAAGGACUAAAAUCCCAGGGCAGGUACAAAUAGCAGGGUCAAGGAACUGGAAGGGCUGCAGGACUCCCUGCAGGGUAGUUGGACUCAACAGAGAUCCCAGUCUUCCUUCUGCCUUGCAGGGACUGUCUACACCAUCCUUGCCAGCAGGGCCUGAUGCUGCCGUAGGUCAGGCCAGGAGGCUCCUGUCCAGAGACCUGCCCUUCCUCUGGCUGCGGCAAGGCCAUGGGGCCCGGCAGCCACCGCCUCAGCCUCAGCAUCUCUGUCUCCAGUCUGGGCCUUCUGCUUCUGCUCCCACUCCUGCCAGAGUGCUUCGGAGCUGAGGGCAGGCUGGCACACAAGCUGUUCCGAGACCUCUUUGCCAACUACACAAGUGCCCUGAGACCUGUGGCAGACACAGACCAGGCUCUGAACGUGACCCUGGAAGUGACGUUGUCCCAGAUCAUCGACAUGGAUGAGCGGAACCAGGUGCUGACCCUGUACCUGUGGAUCCGACAGGAGUGGACAGAUGCCUACCUACGAUGGGACCCUGACGCCUAUGGUGGCCUGGAUGCCAUCCGCAUCCCCAGCAGUCUCGUGUGGCGACCGGACAUCAUACUCUAUAACAAGGCGGAUGCGCAGGCGCCAGCCUCAGCCAGCACCAACGUGGUCCUGCGGCACGACGGCGCCGUGCGCUGGGACGCGCCGGCCAUCACGCGCAGCUCGUGCCGCGUGGACGUGUCGGCCUUCCCAUUCGACGCGCAGCGCUGCGGCCUGACGUUCGGCUCGUGGACGCACGGCGGGCACCAGCUGGACGUACAGACGCGCGGCGCCGCCGCCAGCCUGGCCGACUUCGUGGAGAACGUGGAGUGGCGUGUGCUGGGCAUGCCGGCCCGGCGGCGCGUGCUCACCUACGGCUGCUGCUCCGAGCCCUACCCGGACGUGACCUUCACGCUGCUGCUGCGCCGCCGCGCCGCCGCCUACGUGUGCAACCUGCUGCUGCCCUGCGUGCUCAUCUCGCUGCUGGCGCCUCUCGCCUUCCACCUGCCCGCCGACUCGGGCGAGAAGGUGUCGCUCGGCGUCACCGUGCUGCUGGCGCUCACGGUCUUCCAGCUGCUCCUGGCCGAGAGCAUGCCGCCGGCCGAGAGCGUGCCGCUCAUCGGAAAGUACUACAUGGCCACCAUGACCAUGGUCACCUUCUCCACAGCGCUCACCAUCCUUAUCAUGAACUUGCAUUACUGUGGUCCCAGUGCCCGCCCAGUGCCAGCCUGGGCUCGGACCCUCCUGCUGGGACGCCUGGCGCGGGGCCUGUGUGUGCGGGAACGAGGGGAGCCCUGUGGGCAGUCUAGACCUCCUGAGUCAUCCCCCAGCCCCCAGCCUCCUGACAGAGAAGCUGGCCCACCAGCAGGCCCUUGCCAUGAGCCUCGGUGUCUGUGCCAUCAGGAAGCCCUGCUGCACCAUGUAGCCACCAUCACCAACACCUUCCACAGACACAGGGCUGCCCAGCGCUGCCAUGAGGAGUGGAAGCGCCUGGCCCGUGUCAUGGACCGUUUCUUCCUGGGCAUCUUCUUCUCCAUGGCUCUGGUGAUGAGCCUUCUCGUGCUGGUGCAGGCCCUGUGAAUCCCAGGGGUCUGCUGCAGCCACAGCACCUCCAGACGGGGAUGGAAUGGCCAGGCCAGGUGGUGGUUGGCCCUCAGGCCACUCAGUCUCUCUCCACUGGCCCUCAGAGCCUGGGACAUCCUCUCUUCAGCGCUACUUACUUCACACACCAGAGGGAGUACUCAUUGUCUCUGUACCCUAACCUCCAAGGGAAAGCCAGAGCUUUCCGCUCCCCUGAUUCCUGCAGAGGAGGGACUCUAAGAAGGGUCAAGAUCAAAGGGCAGUCCUGCAGGGACAGAACUGAACUCCGAUGCUGAGUGUUAGUGCUUUCAGUGAGGAGAGUGCAGGUAGUACAAACAGAACUGCCACACUUCCUGUCUUCUCUUCCUUCCUCUGUGGCUGCUGUUACAGGGACUUGGUCUUGCCUGUCCCUACCUGGGGGCUCAGGGAUGGCAACUGGGAAUUCAGGAUUCCUGGUCCAGUUUCCAGAGCAGGAGGCCACGCAAGGAUUUGGCCCCAAAGCCCCGAAUGAUAAUAAAGUGU